AACCCACCUGUUUGUCUGGGCUAGGAAAUGAAAUUUCAAAAUUCCCCUUACUUAUCCGGUGUUGGGACAUCCUACACACACUUGGCAUUUUCUAAUUUCUGAGCAACCAACAACCCGCUAAACAAAGCUUCUCUCUGCCUCUAAGGGACUCUCAGUCUCAGUGAGUCUGAAGAACCCAAAUGCGUAUCCCAUUCCCAUGUCAAAAACUCGAAGCUCUGUUUCAAGGUGAUGGACUGAUGAGUAAGCCUUUUUGGCGUGGUUCUUCUACAUGGAGGAGAGCCACUGCAGCAUUAACAAAGGAUCCUCAAACUUUGUUUUGAUGGGUUUCUCUGACAGACAUGAACAGGUGCUCCAUCUUCUUCUCAGACCAUUGUUUUCGACUCUUCUCUCAUCGGUCACACUUGGGUUUUGCUUCAAAUUAUUUGCCUCUCUUGUGUCUAAGAAGAUUUCUGAGCCAGGGACAUUCCAUCUCAGGCUCAACUGAUGCCAGACCUUUUCCUGAUUAUUCCCCCAAAAAACCAACCAUCAGAGACUCUGAAUUUGUACAUCAGAUCUCAACAGUAAUAAAACUACGCCGCUCUGAGCCUCUCCGCCGCAUUCUAAAGCCUUAUGAAUCCAAGUUCAGGCCUGACCACCUAAUUUGGGUUCUCAUGGACAUUAAGAAUGACUAUAAACUGGUUUUGGAUUUUUUUGACUGGGUGUGCCUACGGAGAGACCCAACACUAGAAGCCCGUUGUAUUGUUGUUCAAAUUGCAGUGGCAUCAAAGGAUCUAAAAUUGGCUCAUGAGCUUAUUCGUGAGUUUUGGGCAAAACCCAAUUUAGACAUUGGUCUUUCAUACUCUCAUUUUGUUGACAGGUUGAUAUACACUUAUAAGGACUGGAGUUCAGAGCCCUAUGUAUUUGAUAUUUUCUUUCAAGUCCUUGUUGAAGCUGGAUUGUUCAAUGAAGCAAGGAAAUUCUUUGACAAACUGUCGAAUUAUGGGUUGAUUCUCUCUGUUAAAUCUUGUAAUCUAUUACUUACUUGUCUCUCAAACAAUUCUGAUGGGAUUGAGAUGGCAAUAAAGGUUUUCAAUGAAUAUCCUGAAUCGGGUGUUUGUUGGAACACUGCAUCAUAUAAUAUCAUUAUUCACUCCCUUUGUCAAUUAGGGAAGAUAAAAGAAGCCCAUAAUUUACUUGUGCAAAUGGAGUUGAGGGGUUUAAUGCCUGAUGUAGUAAGUUAUGGUACUAUCAUAAGUGGUUAUUGUCAUCUUGGCGAACUGAAGAAGGUUUUGAAACUUAUUGAGGAAAUGCAAACAAAGGGAUUGAAGUCAAACCCCUACACCUACAACAGUAUAAUACUUCUUCUGUGUAAGGCUGGUAAAGCAGUUGAAGCAGAGAAGGUAUUCAGGGAGAUGAUGAACAAGGGCAUUUUUCCAGAUAAUGUGGUAUACACAACUCUUGUUGAUGGUUUCUGCAAGUUGGGUAAUGUUCCAACUGCAUAUAGGCUGCUUGAUGAAAUGAAGGCUAGGAAAAUUGUUCCUGAUUGUAUAACAUAUACAGCUAUUAUUCAUGGGUUUUGCCAGACUGGAAAAAUGAUGGAAGCAGUUAAACUGUUCCGUGAAAUGAUUAGUGGAGGGUUGGAACCUGAUGAAUUUACUUACACAGCGCUUAUUGAUGGUUAUUGCAAGGCAGGUGAGAUGAAAGAGGCCUUUGCUCUUCACAACCAAAUGGUUCAGACAGGGAUUACCCCAAAUGUUGUCACUUACACUGCACUUGCUGAUGGCCUUUGUAAAAGAGGUGAGGUAGACACUGCACAUGAGCUUCUUCAUGAGAUGUGUGAAAAGGGCCUUCAACUUAAUGUAUGCACUUACAACUCAAUUGUUAAUGGUCUUUGUAAAGCUGGAAAUCUAGUGCAAGCAGUAAAGCUGAUGAAGGAAAUGGAGACGGCAGGGUUCCAUCCUGAUACUAUUACUUAUACCACUCUCAUGGACGCUUAUUGUAAGAUGGGGGAGAUGGCUAAGGCGCAUGAGCUUCUGCGGGAGAUGCUGGAUAAAGGUCUUCAACCUACAAUUGUCACAUUCAAUGUGCUCAUGAACGGGUUUUGUAUGUCAGGAAUGUUGGACGAUGGUGAGAGGCUACUAAAAUGGAUGUUGGAGAAGGGCAUAAUGCCAAAUGCGACCACCUAUAAUUCUCUUAUGAAGCAUUACUGCAUUAGAAAUAAUAUGCGUGCCACAACUGAGAUUUACAAGUGCAUGUCUGUGCAAGGAGUGAUGCCUGAUAGCAACACUUAUAACAUUCUAAUAAAGGGGCAUUGCAAAGCAAGGAAUAUGAAAGAAGCUUGGUUUUUGCACAGGGAGGUGGUUGAGAAGGGAUUUGAUCUCACAGCUAGUUCCUACAAUUCCCUUAUCAGAGGUUUUUAUAAGAGGAAGAAAUUUAUGGAGGCUAGGGAACUUUUUGAAGAGAUGAGAAAACAAGGAUUGACUGCAGAGAAAGAUAUAUACAACAUUUUUGUCGAUAUGAACUUUGAAGAAGGGAACAUGGAAAUCACUCUUGAGCUUUGUGAUGAGGCAAUAGAGAAAUGUCUAGUGGAUAAAGUUAUGAAUGAAAAGACAUAGCUAAUUUGUUGGAGAUACUUUGACGUGAUUUUCGCGGACUGAAGCUAUCAAUUUUGGUUGCAUUUACCUGCAUGGUGGGAUGGUAUGACAUGCUAGCCUGUACCCAGAAUCAUGGUGUCAUUCAUUCUCCUGAUCUUACUUGAAUGGAUACAAGAAUCUUGGUGAAGUUUUUACCAGAUAAAAUUUUUGUGAGGAAACCAGGUACUCGCAUUCUAGCAUUUAGCCAAGAAGAGAAGCUGAAGCAGGUUUUUGGGUAUUACCAGUUUAAAUGGAAAUAAAGUCACUUCAAGGGAAAAUUUUAGAGCAAAAAGAGAUGAGUUGGAUUAGCAAUGUCAAUUUGACCAUAAGUCAGCAGUGUUCACACCACCUUAUGUGAUUCUCAUUUUUUAUCUUCUGACCUGGAUGCUUCCAGCAAAGGAAAAGUACCUCAAAAUUUUGUGGCUGUUGCAAACAGAGUUUCAUCAAUUGGAGCUCCUUCUCAACUGAAAAGGACACUUUCUCAGCAACAACAUAGUUAUCAGAUUACAAUAUAAAGCAUGGAAGAAAGAAAGAAAGACAGACACAACACUCUAUGCAAGUUAGUCAACUUUUUUCCACUUGAAUCAGUUGGCAAGAUAAUAGCUGUGACAUUUUCCUUCGAGCAAGUGUAGUUGCAGCGACUUGGACGAACUACUCUGUACACACCACUGCUAGCUAAAAUAAAAAUGUCUUUCCUGUUAUCCUCCCCAAACGAGUAUAUGUAACCCAGAGUUGGUAGGGAACUUCCUGGUAUGGUGCUGCAGUUGUUAGGAGAAUCAUGAGCACAACUAAAAGGAAUCCUAGUAGUAGUAAAGUUUCCACUAUUUUCAGGGCUUUCAGCAGCUGCCCAAAUAUCACUCCCAUACAAAUCUGCAUACAGGUAACUGAAUACACAAUGACAGUCAAGAUUGUUAGUAAGUGUUUACAAAACAUUACAUAUAAAUUAGAAAAGGGUGCUUUCUUACCUUCCAAACAUGCAUGGAUCAGUUGAGGAACGAUAAAAGUAUCCGCCUGAUAUUGCUGCAGAUCCUUCUUUCUUGUUUAUAUUAGAGUGGUUAUAUCCCAACACAGGGAAGAUAGGAUGAAUAGAGUUGGCAGGAGUAAUUCCUCCAGGAGAUUGCUGAGGAUUAAAGAGGAAGGGGCCUUCAUAAACAUGCCACCCAUAGUUCCCACCCUUGGUGAUUAUAUCUACCUCUUCAUAAUGAUCCUAUAGGAUUAUGACCACCAAUAGCAUUAGCAUCAAACAAAUAUGAUAACCAGCCAAUGCUAAGUAUAUUUUGUUGCUUGCUAUUACAAUCAAGAAAGUCUUGGCAAAAG